GUAAGUUAUUAAACUUUGUUGCUUUAUUGAGCUCCGAGGUGUUUUUUUAGUAUUAAAUCAUGGAAAUAGCGCAGAAUUUUAUGGGGCCGCUCGCUACCAACACAAUGACGCGAAUAAAUGAAAAUGGUAACGUAGUUGGUACUAUCAUUGUGAACUGCGAGGGAUUCCCGGAGACCACGACCCUAGACAGUUUGACGGCGGCCACGUAUUCUACGCAUAUGCGCAAUUUGUCGCACCAUGCGUCCAAUGCGUUGAAGGAAAUUGAUGUGACUGACGAGCUCAUGGUUUUGCGGCUGGUUUCCAAAAAAACUGAAGCGGUGGUCGCUCCAGACCAUGAAUUUCAUCUUAUUGUUGUUAUGAGAAAUUAGAUCUUAAUGUAACUGUAAUUAAUACUUUCAAAGCUUAAAAUUGCUUUUUAUAAAAUUAAUAAAGGA